AUGAGACUGUCAACUGCAUUGGCAUCGAUAUGGCCAGUACUGUUUCUCGCUGCGCCCUCUGCUGCCGAGACGGUCACUACCACGGACGUUUACUACCCAACUAUCCUUAGCGCAGCCAACAAUGUGACUGGGUUACCCGGUGGCAACGAGUUUUGCGGUACUCAACGUGUGCGUAAGCCUUGGGGCGCACUUGAUACAACUGAACAAGCAUUAUAUCUUGAAGCGACUAAAAUCGCUAUUGCUGAUGGCGGUUAUGCGGAUUUUGCAGCAAUUGCAGCUGACUCAUUGGGCCAGGCCCAAGGGGAAUAUUCUUGCGCUUUCUUCACGUGGCAUCGUCGGUUACUAUUGGCUUAUGAGUCGUAUCUUCGUGAUCUUGACGACCGUUUCGCAUGUCUUACAUUACCUUACUAUGAUGUACAUACUGCUUACAUUCAGACAGUUAAUGGAGAAUGUACCAGUAUGUUUGAGUGUAGUGGUAUUUUUGAUGCUAUUGGUGGAGCUCCUAAUUCGACUACUGAGAUGACAUCAACAUUCAAUGGCAUUAAUGCGACUGGUUAUGCUAUCACCGGUGAACCCUAUGAUAACCUCUGCAAUAACAACGACAAUUGUAGCUCCAUUGUCCGUGACAAUUUAUUCAACAAAUCGAUACCCAGUGCUGCUAGUUUCAGUACAUUUCAAAGUGUAGUAGCCACAUCGGGUGACUAUGCAACGUUCCUGCAAGGAAUUCAAUAUGGUGUACACAAUGAAGUGUUGAAUGCAAUUGGUGGUACUCUGUCCACAGCAGUGGCUGCCCGUGAUGCAUUAUAUUAUUCAUGGUACUCGUCUAUUGAUAUGUACUUGCAUGUGUACCACUUGUGUCGUAUUGGUGUCCCUCUCACGAUUGUUGAGAUCAUCGAGUCGCUUGAGGUGUUUGCCAAUGUCACGCAGACUUGCGGUGGCCUUAAGGGUGUCGAUGCAGAGUCACCUCUCAUCAUGCGAAUCGCAGUCGACGGUAAACUUAUGGAUGCGUCACAGCACCCGAAGAUCGGUCAAUACUUUGGGUAUGUUGGUAGUGACAGUUGGAAUUACGUUGACAUUCAACAGCUCGGAGAUUACUCGUACACGUACCAGUUACCGGAGGUGCUGCGUCAGCAAAUCCUAAGCAACAAUGACGUCUGUACGGGUUUCAACCGUGCAUUUGCUGCGUCGUACACGUCACUGAACGCUUCUGCUGUGAAACGCACGAUGACGAGCAGGACAACUACUAAAACAACAACUACUAAAACGACCCAGAUUGUGAAUGGCACGAGGGUAACGACAACUAGAGUAGUCAAGGAGGUGACGAGGGCAAAUAGUACAGCAGCAGUGACUGCCAAGUCAACGGUUACAAAGGGCCAUCUCAUCAGCAGAUACAAUUACACGUAUCUGGGCAACUUCAGCACGAACGAUAUGGCUUUUGGCGAGGGCACUUAUGUCUUUAAUGGCUACAUAGGCUACACGCCAUACUACAGCAACGGAGCAAUCACGACAAAGCAUAAUGGUAUCGUAAGUGUUAACCACUCUUUGGGUGCCAACUCGUUUACUUCGACAUCUUCCUCGAUCGCCUCAGCUCAAAUAGACGCAACGUACUCUAACAUAUCAAACGUGGUGGCAAACUUAACGGUGGGCACGCGUUUAGUGGCUCGUAACAUUACGGCAUCUGUGGCUACUUCUGGCAGGUACUGGGCGUGGCUACAGACGGCGUAUAACGGCCUGUACACUCGGUUUGAGGGUAACGUGGAUUUAGUGGCGACGCAUAUGAAGUUGCUUGAGUGCUACACGUUUGACAGUGUGUAUGGAUUGUCCAACCUUACGUCCACUUUCGUAACAAAUAAGAACUUGGUAACAAACCGAGUGUCAUGUCGUCAGCGUCUAGACCUUGUGCGUUCGGGUUUACUGCAAUUGGCAGUGCGUUCAACCGCCUAUACCGUCGGAAGCUUGAGAUUCGCUAACUCGACUGUCAUUAGAACCAUCCUCACGUCGUACAGGCGCGUGACCACUCGUAACGUGACGUACGUCCGUGGUUCGUACAUUCAACGUAUCCGGAAAAACCUUGACGCGACCCAGCAAUCUCUGGACAACGUCACUGUUUUUUCGAUCAAUGAAUCAGGCAACGACGAGACAUUAGAAAUUGUUACGGAAACCGGCUUCGUCAAGUCGGACUCGACGAGCAUAACGCAGCAAAGCGCCACAACUACGGGUGCUGCCAAGAUUACAACUAGCUCCAUCACCACCACCAAUACGACAGCCGAUGCGUCGGAGAUCUUACCUGAGGCGUCAUCUGGACCCAAGGACCAAACCACCACUUCCGUUACAAAUGGUAAAACGCCAGGGACGAUGAACCGAAGCACUGCUUCCACCACCACUGUUGGAACGCCUGUGGCGCCAGUGACGACGAACCGAAGCACUGCUCCCACCACCACUGUUGGAACGCCUGUGGCGCCAGUGACGACGAACCGAAGCACUGCUUCCACCACAAUCGGUGGAACGCAUGUGAAGACGGUCCAAACCACGAAUUUGUCUGAUACGACUUCAACCUCGAACACUUCAAAAGGAGGCAAAAACACGCCGACUGCCAUGGGCCAGAUGACUACCACGACUAGCUUAAACGACGAGACGACUAAGACGACAACCGAUUUGAAGGAUGAGACCACGACCAUCCCGACCUCCAUAACCUCAAACGGUAGCCAUGUCCAAACAAGGACUACAGAGUCUGGCGGCUCAGUUGAGUCGAACACGGCAGUGAUGACUGCACCAUCAUAUGUUCAAACUACAGCUCCGGAAUCUUCGCCCGGUACGAGCUCGAACGCGAAUAAUCUCUCCACAACAAUUAAGUCCAGUGCAGCAACUCCUUACACAAUGCCAGGUGCGACGACGUCAGACGUUAUGCCCGCGCCUACAGUAAUAGUGAUGACUGAGACGUGCAUCGAAGUGUCUGUGGAAGGUGACGCGACGUACUGCAUUGAGGGGCCAAUUUGCAGUGGUUUUGGUGACUCGCCUCAUGGGUCUAGGUGUCCUGUGAAGGGCGACGUUGCCAACCAGGACUGCUGCCAGACGCUGGCUAGCUACACGACCUCUGGAACUUGUGUGUCACCUAAGGAUGCUCAAUGUGCGAAGCUCAAAACUGGCGCCUGGGGAUGUGUUGUCGACUUGGAGGAGACUCCAACUCCUAAUCUGACUACGACGGAGACUGAUACGACUCCUGCUCCCAUCACGUCGGAAAUGCAGAGCCCGACGCAAGCCUUUAGUGCGCCGGGCCCGACGAAUUCGAUACCGACUACGUCACAAACGACGCAGCCUGCACCAGCCCCGACGACGUUAGAAACUGAGCACCCUACACCUUGCCAGACUACGCCGGUAUCGACGAAUCCGAUACCGACUACGUCACAAACGACGCAGCCUGCACCAGCCCCGACGACGUUAGAAACUGAGCACCCUACACCUUGCCCGACUACGCCGGUAUCGACGAAUCCGAUACCGACUACGUCACAAACGAAGCAGCCUGCACCAGCCCCGACGACGUUAGAAACUGAGCACCCUACACCUUGCCCGACUACGCCGGAACCGACGAAUCCGAUACCGACUACGUCACAAACGACGCAGCCUGCACCAGCCCCGACGACGUUAGAAACUGAGCACCCUACACCUUGCCCGACUACGCCGGUAUCGACGAAUCCGAUACCGACUACGUCACAAACGAAGCAGCCUGCACCAGCCCCGACGACGUUAGAAACUGAGCACCCUACACCUUGCCCGACUACGCCGGAACCGACGAAUCCGAUACCGACUACGUCACAAACGACGCAGCCUGCACCAGCCCCGACGACGUUAGAAACUGAGCACCCUACACCUUGCCCGACUACGCCGGUAUCGACGAAUCCGAUACCGACUACGUCACAAACGACGCAGCCUGCACCAGCCCCGACGACGUUAGAAACUGAGCACCCUACACCUUGCCCGACUACGCCGGAACCGACGAAUCCGAUACCGACUACGUCACAAACGACGCAGCCUGCACCAGCCCCGACGACGUUAGAAACUGAGCACCCUACACCUUGCCCGACUACGCCGGAAUCGACGAAUCCGAUACCGACUACGUCACAAACGAUGCAGCCUGCACCAGCCCCGACGACGUUAGAAACUGAGCACCCUACACCUUGCCCGACUACGCCGGUAUCGACGAAUCCGAUACCGACUACGUCACAAACGAAGCAGCCUGCACCAGCCCCGACGACGUUAGAAACUGAGCACCCUACACCUUGCCCGACUACGCCGGUAUCGACGAAUACGAUACCGACUACGUCACAAACGACGCAGCCUGCACCAGCCCCGACGACGUUAGAAACUGAGCACCCUACACCUUGCCCGACUACGCCGGGAUCGACAAAUCCGAUACCGACUACGUCACAAACGACGCAGCCUGCACCAGCCCCGACGACGUUAGAAACUGAGCACCCUACACCUUGCCCGACUACGCCGGAAUCGACGAAUCCGAUACCGACUACGUCACAAACGAAGCAGCCUGCACCAGCCCCGACGACGUUAGAAACUGAGCACCCUACACCUUGCCCGACUACGCCGGAAUCGACGAAUCCGAUACCGACUACGUCACAAACGAUGCAGCCUGCACCAGCCCCGACGACGUUAGAAACUGAGCACCCUACACCUUGCCCGACUACGCCGGUAUCGACGAAUCCGAUACCGACUACGUCACAAACGACGCAGCCUGCACCAGCCCCGACGACGUUAGAAACUGAGCACCCUACACCUUGCCCGACUACGCCGGAACCGACGAAUCCGAUACCGACUACGUCACAAACGACGCAGCCUGCACCAGCCCCGACGACGUUAGAGACUGAGCACCCUACACCUUGCCCGACUACGCCGGAACCGACGAAUCCGAUACCGACUACGUCACAAACGACGCAGCCUGCACUAGCCCCGACGACGUUAGAAACUGAAAUCGCGACCGGGUCGACUUACGCCGAAGGUUACCCUAUUCAGCAGCAGACGUCGUUGGACCAUUCUACUACAGCGGUGCGCAUCGUGCCGCUUGCUACGUCAUUUGACAACUUGAAAAAUAGUGGUGGUGCGUCUGUUAUUGUACUUGUGGGUAUUCUUGCCGCUGUUUUCGCUGUUGUUGCACUGGCUGGCUUUACUGCUUACAAGAUGAGGCAGCAGCGCUCUAACGAUGUAGAUAUGCCACUCAGCGGGUACUACGUCCAACCUGUCACUCCAAUUAGUCGAUCUGUUAAGCUGUAG